CCUCAGCACAAGUACUGGAGAAAGGGUCGCUUCUUCAAGAAUGGCUUUUUACACUCAACUGUGCUUGCUUGUUACAUUAUCUGCCGUCACUGCAGAUUUGAGCUCUUAUAUUCCACAACUAACUAACAGUCCUAUCCCAGGAAGAGUGACGGCUACGACUCUAGCUUUGGAUACACCACAGUGCCUCUUUAACCAGAGUUCAACUAAUACUGUUUGGUUAAUUGUAGCUAACAGUACAGUUGCAGCGCAAUUGAAUAACACCUCAUUGGCAAUCCCAGUCCCUUAUUCACCUUUAAUAUCUCAGGGAUACUAUCGCACCUUGGGCAAAGCGGAGAACACUUUCCCCUGUCUUAAUUCAGCUCAAUAUAUUCGAGUUGGUGAUGACACUGCCUGCUCUGACCCUAGCAACUGCAAUGGACCUUUGCCUUCUCCUGGGUCAUACCAAGUGAAAUUUAUUGUACUGAAUUCUGCUGGUAUGCUGAGUGACCAAACAAGUUGGUCCGGAGUAAUCAGUCUUCAUCAAGGUAAAAGCUCAUCAAUAAUAGACACUUGGCCCGGGGGACGUAGUGGGGCCAUGAUUGUCAUCACCUCCAUUCUCUCAAUCCUCCUGGCAGCUUUCCUGGCUUGUCUCAUUGGUGUUUUCAUUGUAGGAAGAAAAGGCACAGGCAAACCAAUUUCAAAGACGGUUGAAACUACAGAAAAGCCUGUGAAGACCCAAGAAAUCGAUUUGAAGGAUUAUAGGAUGCAUCAUGCACAACCAGAAAGCACUAUUUAUGAUCAGCCUAUAGCAUAAUCUAAAGUAAACCAUCAUAACAGUCCCUAAGAGCCUUUUAUUUGAAAAUGUACCUGUCUUGUAAUUGUUAUCAUUUGUAUACGACUACUUCUGUGUAUCUACUGUGCUGAGUGCUAUAUACAGUUAAAACGUAUUAAAUAUUGCCUGACUUUUUGCCUGCAUAACUGAGUUUUCCCCUACUCAGUCAGUGAAUACUGUACGUAUGAUCUUGAUGUUCUUUUUUAUAAAACAACCUCUAUGACAGAAUGGGUACAGUUCUUUUUCUAAUUUUGGAGAAACCAGCUUUCCUCUGUACUGCACGUGUAUUUAAACUAUUUUCUGCUAGCUGUUUUCUGGGUUAUUAUAUUAUUAAACAGUAUAUCAUACCUAUCAGUCACACAGAUCACCCCAAUCAAGAAACAAUGUAAUAAUGCAUGCAAUAAAAUGAUUUUAAUGACUAUUUGACCUUCAUAAUGCUUUAAAAAUCUACUUCUAAGCUUGAAUACCGGGUAAAUGCAACCAUUGAAACAUCAAUACCUUCUUGAGUAAUUUUAAUGAGGUUGUGCAACUUGACAAAAC